AUGCGACCUCCUGUGCCGCCUCGCCUCCUCAUCGGCGCAUCGCCGCCACCUCGCGCUAAGUGUUCCCUAAUCCGCUUAACUCGCAUCCGUGCUACUGAGCGCCCCCGGCUGUGCGCCUCGUCAUCAGCGCAUCACAGCAAAAUCGCCGCCUCGCCCCCUCGCGUUCUCAUCGGCGCGCCGCCUCCUCGUCGCCUCCAAGUCGCACUUCCCCUUCCCCCCAGGUCGCACCUCCCCUUUCCCCCACGUCUCACUUCCCCUUCCCCCCAGUUCGCUCCUCCCCUUCCCCCCAGGUCGCUCCUCCCCUUCCCCCCAGGUCGCUCCUCCCCUCCCCCUCAGGUCGCUCCUCCCCCUUCUCCCCAGGUCGCACUUCCCCUUUCCCCCAGGUCGCACUUCCCCUUUCCCCCAGGUCGCACUUCCCCUUCCCCCCAGGUCGCUCCUCCCCUUCUCCCCAGGUCGCACUUCCCCUUUCCCCCAGGUCGCACUUCCCCUUUCCUCCAGGUCGCACUUCCCCUUCCCCCCAGGUCGCUCCUCCCCUUCCCCCCAGGUUGCUCCUCCCCUCCCCCUCAGGUCGCUCUUCCCCCUUCCCCCCAGGUCGCACUUCCCCUUUCCCCCACAUCUCACUUCCCCUUCCCCCCAGGUCGCUCCUCCCCUUCUCCCCAGGUCGUACUUCCCCUUCCCCCCAGGUCGCACUUCCCCUUCCCCCCAGGUCGCUCCUCCCCUCCCCCUCAGGUCGCUCCUCCCCCUUCUCCCCAGGUCGCACUUCCCCUUUCCCCCACAUCUCACUUCCGCUUCCCCCUAGGUCGCUCCUCCCCUUCCCCUCCAAUCCCUUCUAUUCCUUUCGCUUCCCUUCCCUCCCCUUCCCUUCCCUUCCCUUCCCUUUUGACGUCCUCCCUUCACUUCCCUUCCCCUCUCCUCCCUUCCCUUUCCUUCCAUUUCCUUCCCUUCCUUUUUCCACCCUGCACUUUUACCUUCCUACCCCUCCUAUUCCCCACGGUGACCUUCUCUCUCCUCGCUACUGUCACACCCAAGCCUCUCAUCCCAAGCCUCUCAUUCGAAGCCUCUCAAACCAUGCCUCUCAUCCCAAGCCUCUCAUUCGAAGCCUCUCAUUCGAAGCCUCUCAUCCCAUGCCUCUCAUCCCAAGCCUCUCAUCCCAAGCCUCUCAUUCGAAGCCUCUCAUCCCAUGCCUCUCAUCCCAUGCCUCUCAUCCCAUGCCUCUCAUCCCAUGCCUCUCAUCCCAAACCUCUCAUUCGAAGCCUCUCAAACCAGGCCUCUCAUCCCAAGCCUCUCAUUCGAAGCCUCUCAUCCCAUGCCUCUCAUCUCAAGCCUCUCAUCCCAAGCUUCUCAUCCCAAGCCUCUCAUCCCAUGCCUCUCAUCCCAUGCCUCUCAUCCCAUGCCUCUCAUCCCAUGCCUCUCAUCCCAUGCCUCUCAUCCCAUGCCUCUCAUACCAUGCCUUUCAUCCCAGUCGCACCAAGCCCUCUCACUUCAUCACCUGCCCUCAGCCUAGCCUGCUCUCACACCAUGCUCUCACACCAUGCUCUCACACCAUGCUCUCACACCAUGCUCUCACACCAUGCUCUCACACCAUGCUCUCACACCAUGCUCUCACACCAUGCUCUCACACCAUGCUCUCACACCAUGCUCUCACACCAUGUGCUCAAGUUGCUGUUCAUGCUGUUGUCAUGGUAG